AGAGUUGUUCAACAGAAAUGAAUUCGUUUCUAAACUUCACACGAAACGUAUGCCAACACAGUAGGUGAACAUUUGAUUGCCAUACACCCCUUGAUUUAUUCCUGGUGAAAACUUAAUAAUAUCCUAUGUAAAAGUUACUGAUUGGUUGGUAAUUAUAUCCAACUCAAUGGUUGCUGUAGCAGACUCAAACUGGUCUAAAUGUGCUCUAAAUGCGCCUAAGCAAUCUGCAGUGGAUCGUUCAACUGUCCAUAAUUAUCUGCGCAAUCGGCAUAGAAGCUCAACCAAGCGGUAUGCAGAGUCGCGAAAAGACGCAUUUCUUUCAGAACGGAGAUUUCGAGGGAAAUGCCUGUGUAAAUACUUAUGGAAAGCAGAGAGUGGAGCGUUCAAAUCCUGAAGGCCUGCUGGAUGCCGAUCCAAUUGCUUCUGGCACGGGCUUUCAGCCAUCGGAUGAAAACGUGAUGAACACCGGCCAAAUGGGCCCCAAUCUCGCUGCCCAGAGCCUAUCCCCAGCUGUCCCUGUAUCCCCCCUUUCCGACUUCUACCAAUCAAACUGGCAGCAGCAACCGCAGCAAGUCGAGUUGCAGAACAUGCAGCUGCAGCAGCAGCAGCAGCAGCAGCAGCCGAACGGAUGUGGCUUAAGCAGGAUCAGCCAGGGAACACCCAAUGCCUACUACGAGCAGGAUGAGACUGAGCAGAGGCGCCAGGAGCUGCGCAAUCUCGUCCAGCAUCUGUACGUGGCCCAGGCGAGGGUCCAACUGGAGGCCACCGAGAUCAGGAAGGCUCAGUCGGUGGCCUCAGCUGCGCAGUCGCAGCUCGAGGAGUCGGCCAACCAUGUGCGCAGCAUCACCGCCUCAUUGCACACGGCCCAGCAGGAAGUGGCUGCCUCGGCAAUUCGGGCUCAGAUCGCCCAGCUCCAGCUGGCGGCCCAUGAUCAGCUGCUGUUCGCCGCUCGCCAGGAUGUGGACGCGCUGUCCUCGCAAAUGGUGGGUCUCCAGGCGGCGGAGGGCAUCGUUCAGCCGAAACUCACAGUGGAUCUCCAUGCUCUUCUGGACAAGCUGAAGCAGCCACUGCAGCAUUAUGAUCGACCCACAGCCGUACCCAUUAUUGCACCCAGUCUGCCGGGAACGGCGAGUCAUCAGCAACAGAUGCUCUUGCAGCAGCAGCAGCAGAUGGGUCAGGUUCAAGGUCAAGAGCAGGGCCAAGGACAGACCCAAAACCAGGGUCCGGCACCUGCGAAUCCCUCAAAUGGAGCUACUCCCAACGAUUUCAUCAGCUUGCCUAGGGUUCAUCACUAUGCCAACUUUGAUUACACUUAGCUGCAGUUAAAUAUUCAUAAGUAUUAUUUUUCUAUAUUUUUAUAAGCUUCUUUUAGCAUUACUUCUUUCCAUAAAAUCAUAUAUUUCAUUUAAAUCAUCAUGUGAUUUUCGUUGCUAACUACUCCCAUUGCUGUGUGGUUUUUUGUCUGAUUAAUAUAUAUAAUUAUCAGUAAUGUCGAUUGAUAUUGCAUUGUGGUUGUGAUGAAACGUGAGUGUAUGGUUUAGAGAAGGAAUCUUCUUUAGCAAAAAUGUAUAAAUUGUACAAAAUCAAUUCGCAUUUCAUCAGAUGAGUUCUUCUUUUCGAGAUUAUGAAGUUAGCAGAGCAAAAAUAUUGGCUUACAGACUGGAAAAAUGUUAAAGGCAGGACCACAAUUAUUAGUUCUAAAACUAUAUAUUCUUAAAAGCAAAAUCCUUAUUAAAAAAAUAGUAUCUACAAUUUACACAUAAAACACUCUUUUUCUAAUAAAAAAAUUAUGGGUUUGAAGGAUAUUUAUAUCUGAUAAAUAUUUCCAAGCUGGAAUAUAGAACCAAAAUUCAUUCCUGGUCUCUUGUAAAUUAACCAGUACCCAUAACAUAUGAACUGAUACCGAAACAAAAAGUAUUAAUUCAGAUUUGAGUUGAAUAUCUUAUAAUUUGGAUAUUAUAACAAAAUAAUAUGCUUAAAACUCAUCGGUUCUAUGCAGCUUUUAUUAUUUAUUCGAUCAGAUAGGCAUUCAGUACGAUUUGGAAAAUCCAUAAAUGCAAUUGCACGUUCGCCCAAAAAAAUAAAUUUUUGUAGCAUUGAUUCAGCCACUUAAAAGAAGACAAUCAAUCUGCAAAUCCAUUCAAAAUAUUAAAAUAUAUAGCUGUGGCACAAAUGCAUUCGAGUUGAGUAGAGUAGAGUAUUAGAGUAGGUUGAGUUCUUUGUGUAUACUUUGAAUGUACCUCCUUACUGCGUCCCCGUAAAAUCUAAAAGUUGAAAUGUGUGAAUGUUGUUAAAGUACUUGAUUUUCUCCUCAAGAGUCUUAAGUUUUUUUUUAAUCGUUUGUUAUUUUUCUGGUUAUAUUUUUGUGGUGGUUGGAAUUUGUUUGAAUAAACUCAAGAGAGAACGUGAAGCUAAACAGACUAGGGAUACUAAAACUACAAAAAGAGGCAGCCAAUGGGGGAAACUCAGGAAUACUUAACCAAAGGACACCAAAGUUUGUGGUAUUCAAGAGCUGAAACUCAAAACGAAUUUACCCGACUAACAGUUGGCAAAUGAGGAGGAACCAAACGUGAGUAAUAAUUGGGAUAUAAUUAGAAUUAUUAUUUGAAUAUAUUUCGAUCCAGUUCAACGGCUUCACAUUUACUAAUACAUAGGAUU